UCUUACUGCAAGUCAGUUGACAGUUUACAAUUUUGAAGAGGAUAAUGGCAUGAAGAAUUAUGUCUGUGACAAAAUGGAAACAUGAAAAAUGUAAAAUAAAACGAAUACAGCAAAUAAUCAGAGUUCAAGUGGAAAGAAUGAAGCACACAAAAUGCUCCAAAUACAGAAUGUAAACAACAUGGUGGUAGGCUUUGUAUGAAUUUCAUUGUUAUGGUUAUUUUACAUUAAGAUCAGUGCACCCUUGAAUUCCCAUCACCAAUAACAUAAAUAUUACUAAAAGAAAAACAUACUUCCACUUUCAACUUUCAGUACUUGAAUAUUGUAUAACCCGGAUGAUGUACAGUUUUUAAGUCAAUCAACCAAACAUGAAAGAAAGAGUCAGGCUCAAACAUUUUCUCUGUAUUCUCAUUGUAAAUUAUUGAGUGCUUACAAUAUAAAAUGUGUUAAUUCUUUGUCUCAAUGCAAUUUCCAUAGCAACAAUACACAAAUAAUGGCCUUAAAACAUUAUUAAGUUUAUUCUGGAUCUUGUCUACUGAGUAUCAUCUGGUCACAUAAAGUUUAUCCAACAAUUCUGAACAUGUUAAACAUCACAAGCUUAACAACAUUGUUGCAGGCCUACUCCUACCUGUAUAGUGUGUCUGUGGUGCUUAAUAGUGAAUUUACUGUGGAGUUUUAAUCUAUAUUGGCUUAUUUUCCUGUAAGGUUAUGAUGUUAAAUUUCUGCACUAACCCGCCAUCUUUAUCAUAAGACACUACUGUAUAUUUCUACUUUUAACACCUUUGAAAAUGGGUAUAAUCAUGAUUGGACCACACAGGCAAGAUCAUGCAGCUAAUAGGAUGCAGGGGGUGGGUUCUUCUGUGCAGCACCGCCUCUCUGUGUGUUGUUCUGAUACUUGAACAGGGAUGUGUGUGUGUGUGUGUGUGUGUGUGUGUGCGUGUGUGUGUGUGUGUGUAUGCGUGUGUGUUAUUUACAUCGUGGUGUCUGGGUGGCUGCUCACACGUGCCGCUGCCUGCCUCCUUUGUCCUGUUCACAGCUCCACUUGCUGCCAUGGGCACUGCCUGCAGACAGAACUGACUGUCGCCUUUGCCAUUUCCUAACAUUGCAUCUCUUGCAGCAGCAGCAGCAGCAGCAGCAAUCAUCAGCAUCUAGUCAUUGCAUCGCGGGAGGAGUCUCAGUCUAUUUCUUGCGCGUUUUUUCCGAGGCACAAUGACCGGAUUCCCGCAGGCUGUACCCAGCGACGAAAGCCCACCUGGAAGAUGCUGGGAUCAUGCAUCUUUUGACUAUUUCCGUUCGGCUGCAUUGGUUUCCUUUGGAUGAUGCCCACAAGGGUUCUCGGAGUGUUUAUGUUUCACCCUGACUUGGAAAACCCCCAUCCCAUCAGGAGAUCCAUGCACCGGUUUUUGCACCGUUGUCAUCAUGUCCCCAGCAUCGGCUGCAACGGCCAGUGAGAGCAGCACCACCACUGUCCCCGAAGAGGAGCCGGACAGCCCCCGAGAGGAGCAGCGGCCCCAGAAACAGUCCCUGAUUAAAGCCUUAUGUCAGGAAACCCACUGGAAAUGCCUGCUGCUGUCCCUGCUGAUGUACGGCUGCGUCGGAGUCAUGGCCUGGUGCCAGGUGACCAAGGUCACACACCUCUCCUUCGACAGCGCUUACAAGGGAAAGUCUAUGAUGUACCACGACAGUCCCUGCUCCAAUGGCUACAUCUACAUCCCUCUGGCCUUCCUGGUCAUGCUCUACGUGGUCUACCUGGUGGAGUGUUGGCACUGCUACACCAGGAACGAGCUGCAGUACAAGGUAGAUCUGGAGACAGUGGCGGAGUGCAACCAGCGGAUGCGGCAGGCUACUCCCUGCAUCUGGUGGAAAGCCAUCAGCUACCACUAUGUCAGGAGGACGCGGCAAGUGACACGCUAUCGCAAUGGAGAUGCCUACACCACCACGCAGGUCUACCAUGAGAGAGUCAACACCCAUGUUGCUGAGGCGGAGUUUGACUAUGGGAACUGUGGGGUUAAGGACAUCUCAAAGCACCUUCUGGGCCUGGAAGGCUUCCCUAUCACCAGGGUGAGGUUCACUAAGUGCUUUAGCUUUGCUAAUGUGGAGUCUGAAAACUCCUACCUGACCCAGCGGGCCAGGUUCUUUACAGAGAAUGAAGGCCAGGAUGACUACAUGGAGGCCCGUGAGGGGAUGCACCUGAAGAAUGUAGACUUUAAGGAAUAUAUGAUUGCCUUUUCUGACCCUAAUCACCUUCCCUGGUACGCAUCCAACUCCACUUUCUGGGCAGCAGCUGCUUUAACCCUCUCCUGGCCUCUGCGGGUGCUGACAGAGUACCGCACUGCCUGUGUCCACUACCAUGUGGAGAAGCUGUUUGGCUUCGACUAUGUGCCCGUAACGCCAUCUGAGGAGCGGCCGUAUUGCCGACACAUCCCACGAGUCAACACAAUCGAUAGCACAGAGCUGGAGUGGCACAUCCGCUCCAACCAACAGCUGGUUCCCAGCUAUUCAGAGGCAGUUCUCAUGGACCUGGCCCAGCUCUCAGGGAGCUGUAAUAGUUACUCCGUAUGUGGUGGCUACGGUAGUUACAGGCAGAACUGUGAACGCUGCCACCGUGCCAUCAGCAGCUCCUCCAUCUUCUCCCGCAGCGCCCUCAGCAUCUGCAACACGGGGAGCCCCCGCAUCCCCUUCAGCGCCAGUCGCUUCUCACUAGGUCGGCUGUACGGCUCCAGGCGGAGCUGCUUGUGGAGGAGCAGCGGGAGCCUGAAUGAGCCCUCCUGCCCCACAGAGAGCACGCGCUGUCUGUCAGGCCAGCAGACCAGCGAGGAGAACCCUCCAGCCUAUCAGGACGCGCUGUACUUCCCAGUGCUCAUUGUACAUCGCAACGAAGGCUGCCUCAACCACGACCAUCGCUCCCUGCACAGAAACGGCUCCUGCGUGGAGACGUCUCUAUGACCCAUUGCUGGCAGACAAUACAAUAUAAUGACACAGUAAUUGGCUGAGAAACCUCUUUACAAAAGGGUUGGGCUAACAUGGAAUUUUGCUUGUCCCUUUUACAACUCAGUAACCUAUAAGAGAGACACACAGUAUGUCUGGGAAAGUCUUUACACUGUAAGUCAGGGAAUAACAGACCUGAUGCUCUUGAUAAGACUGUUGUUUAAAAUACAUUGUGGCUUCAAAGGACCAUCCUGCCAAAGUGUCACGUACUGUCCUACAGCAUCGACUGUAUAGUAAAGACAAGAGUCGAAUAACCAAGUAAUACCAGGGGGAAUCACAUCCUACUGUAAAUGCCAUAUUUAUAGAUCUUAGUCACUGUCAAUCUGCAAGGACAUGAGUAACACUUUCUCAUAUUUGAAGUCUAAAAUAGGUUUUGACUCAGUGGCAGCCUAUGAAAAUCCCAACAAAGGAAGAGAUAUGAGAAUUAAUGGAUGUCUGAAUGAAAAAUGAAAUACUGAAAAAACCCCACAGACUUACACAUCAUGUGAGUCAUAUGAGUUGGGUGAAUCAUGAGGGAAAAUAUAAAAUAUAAGUCUCCUUGUCAAAGCAUAAUUAACAAGACUAAACUGUUAAAGACCUGUCUUACAGCUCUCAUGAAGUGACAUGAACUUCAAAUCUAAAAUAUAAACAUCUGCAUGUGAAACGUUUUGAUGCUGGGUUAUUUAAAUCAUGCUCAUGGAACACCAUUAAAAAAGGGAAUACUAUUCCUUCGUAUAAAAAUAAACGUCUGAUGCAGAUGUUGAAAUAUCAAGUUCGCUGAAUUUGGCUUGGUUGCAAUGACAUUAUACUUCCUGGCUUUCUAAAUAUAGCAACACAGUCGAUGAAUAAUUUAGCACAGGAGGGCUAAAGGACACGAGAACAUCAAACUGAAUCACCAACACCUCUUCAAACGGUUUCUUAAUUACAAACUGUACAUUUUGUAUAAUUCACAGCCACAUAAUAAAAAGUCCCAUUAUAUUAACAGAUCAGUGUCAACUCAAGUAGUUUAAAAUCUCAAAGAUCCAUUUAAGUUCAUAUUUGGCAAUAUUUUUAUUCAGCCUACCUCUUUAUUUAAGUGCCUAGCAAUCAACUGUUACUGACAAGCAUAAGCUACCAUUUCUUAAGUCAUCUCAUCUCUUCCCAUCAAAAAAAGUGGAAUUUACACUCAAAAUGGCACGUGGUAUACAAUCCAUCAUAGGAGGGAGAUGUUGUAUUACCUGAUGGUGAUGUCAUUGUCAGGUCUUUUGUUGUUUAAACCACAGAAAGGUUUUAAGAAUCAUGUUUUUUGGAUGACUUUUCUUCAUAAUGUAACACAGCUCUUGUGUAGCCGGCUGCCGCUGCUGAUGCAUAUCAGAGAGACAGCCUGGCCAUCAAAGACGCUGAAAAUAGGCAGAGGCCUGGAUUCACUACUGAUAGUGUCAGAUUUAAUAAUAUAACAGGAUUACUUUAAGGAACUAAAAGAAAAAAAAAAAAAACUUCUUCUCAACUGAGUGCAUGCACUAUCUUAGUCAUGGUGAAUUUUGUUAAACAGCCCAGCAGUGCACAACAAAAAAUGUUUAAGGGAAACAAUGAUGAAAAUCAGGCAUGCUAGAACUUUUGAAAGAGAUAUUAUGUAGGAAAUAGCUUCCAAAAUGUACCAAUUCAGCCUGUUUUAACUGUAUAAUCCCACAGCACAACUCAUCACUCAAAGUGUGCUUUAUUUCUGACAUUCCCUCAGCAUUUAUGAAUAGUCUUGGAGCUAUCUUAAGAGAUGAAAAUAAGCACAGAGCUCAUUCAAGAAGAUGACGUUAUUAAUUUACAAACCAGCCUUCAUCUCACGAGACCUGCAGUGAAAAAUAAACUGGCAGAUCAGACUGUGGCGGAUCAUUUUCUGCCAUUAAAAGCAUUGAAAUUCCCGUUAAUAUCAGAAUCUUGCCUGCGGUCAGACAUUUUUCGUGUUAUUUUCUGUUAUGACUUGUUUUCACAGUGAUGUGACCAAUUAGCCAUACUCAUUACAUUCCAUGUGUUUAGUCAAGUCUGGAGUUGUGGACUAUCUAUAUAGCAAUACUGAAGAAUACGUUGGAAAUAGUAGAAGUAAGUGAGACAUGAUAAAAAAAAUACAGAUGCUAUCAAACCUCACAUUUCAUUCAACAAAUAACAAAACAUCCUGGGAACUGUUUGAACCUGUUUUCACAGCUCACAGGUCAUCUAUGCAAGCCCCUUAAACUCAGGAUAGUAUUCAGGGCAAGGACUCUUGCUUGUAACAACAUCCUCCUUCCUGGUCCUCUGUCCUUUCACUCUAACUCAUGCUACAUUUUAGGACGCAGUUAUGCAGGCAUCUCAUUUUGCCUUUUAAAGGAUCAGCUGCAUAAUAACCGGAUCAUUUUCAAAUGAGGGGUUUGCAACCACAGGAUGUUGAACCAAACGGUCAUAACUCUAUUAAUGUCCCCAUUCCAGAUAAUGGAGGGAAAGAUACAGAAGCAGGUCAGAUAUGACUGAGAAAUGUUUGAUAUCUGAUCCUCAAGUUCCUCUCCAUGUUGUUGCACUAGUUACUUGUGAAUCUAUUACUAGUGAUUGACUAAAUUGGGUUGCACAAUUAAAUCUUAAGGAAUGUUUAGCUUGCAAAGACCUUAGUAAUGUGGACAUUUUGUUUGUGGAAACAUCUGUAGCACCUACCAAGCAAUAUAGUUAAGUUAACUGACAAUCCUUUGUGCAUGUAAGUAGGACUAUUUUGUGUGGUACAACCCGUUUCAAUUCAAUUUCAAUGCAUAAAACUCCACUUAUUAAACACUUGCAAUAUAACUAGGCCAAGUUUUUACUUACACACAGCUGGUUCAACUUGUUCCAGGUUCUGGUGUUCAUGACACCUAAAGGUAACCUGUGGAGUUUUUGACCACUAGUAGCGCUAUGGAGCAGUGUUUUUUUGAGUGGGCCCCCAUUUUGAUUGUUGUCAGCCACGCACAUGAGCAUCUAUGUGGCGCAAUACACGUCUUCACACUAUUCCACUGACACGAUUAUGGUGAUAAUGUGCCAACAAAGGCAGGGAAGAAGAAGACCGCUAGCAAGUAAACAUGGAUGUAAACAAUGCAGCCUUUUCAAAAUUUUACAAGUGUUUGAAGAGGGAGGAAAUGCAUUCAACAUGUUUGUCAGACCUCAAGGAUACACACAGUGGGUUGUGGUGAGUAACACUAUAUACAAACAGAAACUCCACAGGGUACCUUUAAGUACUGAGAUCUCUCGAAGAAUGUUUGUGGUUUAAUGGUGGUACACUACGCAUUUCAAAAAAACCCAAAACAUUUUAGCGAGAUGGAACUGCAUUUUUUCAAAUAGCGGGAAACCAAAUGAGACGCAGGGAUUGAAAUUCCCCCAUUAAUUCAAUUUCUUUAGUCUGUGUUAUGAUUCAGAGUCAUGAAGGGCUGGAUCAUAUCCCAGCGUGCAGUGGGCUUACGUGUCCUUGUACUGUCCUGUGGGGAUAAGAACUAACAGGAAACUACAAGAAGAAUGUGUAUUCAAAUGUGCUGAAAUGUCUAUUUACAAGAGGAGGAGGUGCCAGAUGAAGAAAUUUUGGAUUUUAGUCACUUAGUUACAUAUUGAAGUCAUCACAUAAUUUCAUUCAUGAUAAGCCAACAAGCCUCUCAGAUGGCUUCACUGUGAUAUUCAUACAAGUGUAAGAAUAGAAAAAUGUGUUUACCAGUGCAAUGUUUACGUAACAACAGUGACAAAAAAUCUGUUUUGGAUAUAGAGUUUUUGAGGCUAAUACCAAUAUCGAUGUUUGUCUAGUUUCAAACCUACUUUGGCAUUUCUGUGCUGCAAUUUCUUGUUACUUAUCAGCCACCAUAUACAUCAACAUCUGCAAUAAGCUACCAAUGUAUCCUGGCUGAUUUAUGGGUCUAGCUCUAAUUUGGUGUAUUCAAAGCGUUUAUAAAUAUGACUGAAAGGUUCAUGACUAGAUCUUUUUCCUCCAUAGACGACUGUUAACAUAAAGGCUUUUGUCAUGCAAAGCACUGAACCCUUUAUCAUGUGUAUUAAGUAGAUUAGGUUGUUAUAAUAUGUACUCUUUCACUCAAGAAUGCUCUGGGGCUCGUCUUUUUAUAUUUAAAAUAAAGUUGUGGAUUUUCAGGACUGUAAGGCAGAAAGGAUUUGUACUGUAAAUAAAAUAGAGAUGAGAGUGUAGAAUGAUUGUCAAUGUGGAUCUUGUGUUUAGAUUAAUGUGUCACACACACUUAAAGGUAACUGGAGCAGGGACAUUUUUUGAUGUGCAGAUGUAAAAUGAGUGAGUUAAGUCGCGAACAGAAAUACAGUCUGUC